UAGCGCUGAUCUGCAGGCAGACCCUCUUCGUAAAAAGUAUAACGUCCUGUCAAAGAGUCAUAUUGUCAGAUGUUGUACAGAGCUUUUUACUUUUUACAUCUGAAACCUCUUACGAGAGUAUCUGUUAGGAUGUCUGCUUCUGAUAGGCCUACUGCUGUAGGUCUACAUUUUAUACCAACGCGUUGUCAUUUUGAUGACACAGUACAGGUCAUUGUGCGCGGACUCUUUCCUAAACAAAUGGUGAAGUUGGUGGCUGAAGUUGAAGAUGACAAAGGUAUGAUUUUCCGGUCGUCUGCAGUACACAGAGCUACCGAACAUGGAGAAGUGGAUUUAAAUAGCUCUCCCUCUCUGGGUGGAACAUAUAAUGGAACUGAGCCUAUGGGACUUUUUUGGUCUUUGGGCCCAUUGACCCCUCACAAUAAAUUCACAUGGUGGGAUGCAUCAAGGCCUGUGUUAGUGGAUGUUAAGGUGGUCAGUCACGAAAGACCGGAACAUGUUCUUGCCAAGGAGACACACCAAAGGCGCUUCAUGAAGGAAGGUGUCCAGAGGGUUGUCGUGACAGACGGUAGAAUACGGGGAACUCUUUUUAUUCCACCAGGGCCAGGACCCUUCCCUGGCAUUGUGGAUCUUUACACUCUAGGCGGUGGCCCAUCAGAACCGAGAGCCAGUUUGCUGGCCAAUAAAGGCUUUGUGGUACUCGCUCUGGCUUUUUACCGCUACAAGGAUUUGCCUAAAAAAGUUGACAAACUAGAUCUGGAGUACUUUGAAGAGGGAGUACGUUUCUUGCAGAAACACCCCAAAGUGAAAGGCUCUGGAGUUGGAGUUAUUUCAAUCUCCAAGAGUGGAGAUCUAGCUCUCUCAAUGGCAUCAUUCCUGUCAGGUAUCAAAGCAGUUGUCACCAUUAAUGGUUGCUGUGCCAACACCCUCUUUCCCCUCAAAUACAAAGAUACCAUCAUCCCUGCUCUCAUGGGUGACUUAAAGAAAGUAACCCUGACCGAGCAAGGACUUUUGGACAUCAGCAAGGCCAUACCAGAUCCCACGGCCAAUGAGAACCUGGCCACUGUUAUUCCCGUUGAGUGUGCCGACUGCAAUUUCAUGUUUGUAGCAUCUGAAGACGACAUGAACUGGGACAGUGUCUUUUUCGCAGAACUAGCUGCCCAACGACUGAGAGACAGUGGGAAGGAGAACUUUGAGAUAGUGAGGUACCCCAAGGCAGGACACUUUGUGGACGUUCCCUACAUGCCCUUCUACCCCUCUGGCGUCCAUGCGGCAGUGGGCAAAGUGGUGACGUUUGGAGGAGAGGCUAAAACUAACGCACACGCUCAGGUAGAGUUGUGGGGGAGAGUUCAGGAGUUUUUCCAGAAGCAUUUAGACACAGGCAACGCUCAGCAUUAAGCAAUGCUGUAAUACAUUACAAGGCACACAUUAUUCUCUCAUAAUCUUUUCCAAUAAAUCAAACAUUUUUGGCACUCACUUCAGUACACUUUCUCAUGGUCUUUUGGUGUGACGCCUUUUACAUAAAUAGGCCAAAAUGAAAUUACUUUUUUCUCAAUAUUACCUUUAAACCUAUGUUACCAUGUUGCAGUGAGUAGGCCUAUGUUAUAAGGGUGCUAUCAUAUAGCAAUGUGGGUCAUUGUUGUGCUAAGUGCAUGAAACCACAUAUAGUGUGACAGCAUAUCAUAUUGUGUGACAGGGUUUUUCUCAUACCAUGAAUAAUUUUUUUGUCAAUAUUACCUUUAAAUCUGUGUAACCAUGUUGCAGCGAGUGGUUGUUAGGGUGCUAUAUCAUAUAACCCCAAAACAGAAAAAGUUGGGACAUUGUGUAAAAUGUGAAU